AUGAAUAUAGAAAACUCGAAAACUCCAAGUCAAGAUGCACAAGGUCGAUGGUAUGAAUUAUUAUCACCAACACAAGUGCUUACAGGACAAGAACCAUCACAUAUGGGUGAACAAUCUAAAAAAAAGAAAAAAUGCCGUGGUGAUCGAAAAGGCCAACGUCGACGUCGACGACUUCGACAAAAAGGUAUAUAUGUGGAAACAAUACCAAAAAAUGGUGAUCAAGAACUUAAUGUUCAACAACUUGAAGAAAAUGAUCAAAUAAUCCAAGAACAUGUUACAGAAAAUAUGGAAGUGAAUGAAUCCUGUGAUCAAAUUCCUCCUUCAACACAAAAUAAAAUUCAACACAAUGAUAAUAAAAUAAAAAAAUCAACAAAACGUAAAAGAAAAGCUGUAUCAACACGAGCACCACCGACUAGAAUUCAUGAAUCUUUAAGUCAAUUAAGUAUUUCUCCACCAUCACCAAAAAAACAAAAAAUAAUAAAUAAUGAAGUGGAAGAAGCAACUACCAAUGGACCAUCACAAAUCAAAGGUUCAAAAUGUAAAAAAGAAAAGAAUCUUCAUAAUGACUCUAAUUAUGUACCUGACUAUUUAAAAGUAUCGAAUCGUGUAUUAAAACAAAUGUUAAUUAGUUCAUUUGACAAUGCGAAAGAUAUUGUUAAACGAUUAAAUUCAAAAGAAAAAAUUAAUUAUAUUCGUCAAUAUACUUGCCUCAUACAUCGUCUAUUAUAUGUACAAUUACAAGAAAGUCAAUGGAAAUAUUAUUAUGAUAUUGGCGUACAAGAAAAUAUUUGGACAGGACGUGUAUCAAAAAAAUGGGCUGCUAUGAAUAGUAUGAAUUACACUUAUGGUCGAUCAAAACAUUUAAUUUUACAACGUCUUAAAAAAAUACAACAACAACUUCAACAAUCUUCCGAAGCUUUACAAAACUUUGGCAAUCAACCAUUACCUCGAUGUUUAUCAGAUAUGAAUCCUCCAUUAGAUUUUACAAAAAUGUCUGCCAUGGUUACCGCUCUUGUACGAAAAGGUCAACAUAAAUUAACACAACAAUUUGAACAUAAUAAAAAAAUGUUAAUAUUAGAAUCAACUGACCAUCGACUUGUUAAAAAUGUUCAUGAUUUAAAACCUAAUAAACAACAAAUUCGUUCAAUUCGUAAUAUAUGGAAAGCAAUUUAUAAUAAAAAACAAAUGGAAGAACAAAUUGAAAUAUUAAAACAUCGUAUUCAUUCCAACUGUUUACCACCAGCUUUCAAUCUUCUUGAUUAUUCACUUAAUAAAAUUGAUAAAAUACUUACUAGAUCCAAACAAGACUGCACGAAUGAUAAUGAUAGCAAACAAAAAACUAUAUUAGCUGCUCGACGAUUAAAAAAAAUUGGUCGAUUUAAAUAUGAUUUACUUGAAUUAAGUAUUGCAGCUGGUGAACAAAAAGUUAGAUAUUAUGAUAAAAUAGCGAAAAAAGAAAAAAAGAAAUUAAUCACAAUGAGUGAAAAACUUAAGAAAAAUAAUACCAAUUCAGAUAUGUUCAAGCAAUUAAUCGAAGCUAUAGAUGCUCGUGAAAAACACAUGAUUCUACGAGCUGAUUAUAUUACAAAACAAAAAUUAAAAUCUUUUUUCGACGAAGCUCCGGCGUCACAAGACGAUAUCAUGAACAACGAUGGCGUCGGAGCAAAUUAA